GCUGUUCUUGACCAGUUGGACCAGGUUGCUUGUUUGAUAGCUGCUAUCAUACAUGAUGUGGACCAUCCAGGUUACACCAAUGCAUUUCUUAUCAACGAGAAAAAUCCUCUGGCCCUUAUGUAUAAUGACCAAGCUGUUCUUGAAAACCAUCAUGCUGCCCUGGGCUUCCAAUUGUCUUGGAAAGAUAACACUGUCAACAUCUUUAAAAACCUAAGUCGGGAUGAGUACACCCCACUAAGGGAGACCAUCAUUGACAUGGUGCUGGCUACAGAGAUGAAACAACAUUUCGAACACCUAAACAAAUUUGUUAGUUGUGUAAACAAAAGCACCCUCAAACUAGAAGAAACCUCAUCUAUGAGUGGGACAGGCUCUCCAGACAGCAUGGCUAUUAUAAAUCAGAUGUCAACCCCAGAAAACCGUUGUUUAAUAAAGCGUAUGUUGAUUAAGUGUGCUGAUGUAAGCAAUCCACUUAGAACCACAGAAAUGUGCAUCGAAUGGGCCAAGAGAAUUGCUGAGGAAUAUUUUAUACAGACUGAUGAGGAGAAGAGGAGGAAGUUGCCUGUGGUGAUGCCAGCAUUUGAUAGGAAAACCUGCAGCAUACCAAAAUCUCAAACCAGUUUUAUAGACUUCUUCAUUAAUGACAUGUUUGAUGCUUGGGAUUAUUUUUGUGAUAUUCCUGAUUUAAUGAGCCACCUACAAGAGAAUUACCGGUACUGGAAGGAGAAAUCGGAGGAGGAAGCAUCGUGAUGCUAAGGACGCUAGUUAUGUUUGGACUUCCUGGUUCUGUGAGAACCGGGCUGACCUAGGAUAGAAACUAGAGUACCCUGAAGUAGGAACCAGAGUGACUAUAGACCGAACUCUUGUGACCAUUAGUGGUACAGGUUACUGUGAAUUGGGCGGUUUCUGCUAUUUUACCUCAUUCUUGUAUGGACACAAGUGCCAGCAUUUAGACUUCAGCAGGAUCCAAGUGCGGUAACCCUAACACCAGGAGUGGAUGUGAUCAUUGAAGACAUUAGCAAUGAAACUCAAUGAGGAACAUCAUGGACUCUAGGAGCGAACAUGCAGUCAUUUCUAUAUUUUUGUAAAGAUCUCAUAGUUGUAUUUUGUUCACACAAAACCCAGCCAAUAGUGCUAUUGGUGUCUUGACUACUAUGUGUAAGAUAUUAUGGUUUGGGAGAUUCCUGUAGGAGACACUAGCAUUGUUUGUGUUAAAUAUUGUUAAGUUAUUCCUAGGCUCUGUUGCUUUUGUGAUAAAACUCCUUUUAAACAGGGGUUUUGUUCGAGAGUUGGUUGUACUCUUGUUUAUUAUUGUUAAAUUUUUAAUAUUUAUAACUAGUUCAAAGUUUAUUUUGCCAAAAUAUUUAAGUAAAUUUUUAAUUCUAAGGAAGUUAGAAAAUGUUAUAUAAGGGUAUGUAGCUUUUCAAUAAUUUUUCAUAUAAUGAAUGUCCUUUUAUUUACAAAUAUUAAGGGUCUUUGUGUUUUUCACUUCAUUAGUAACAGAAUUGUUUUUAUGGCACCAUAAUUUGUCACACAAAAUACACAGCCUUGAAUUGCUCAAUUUGAGGAAAGAGUAUACAAAAUGUUAAGAAUACAAAGUUUUCCAUGCUGAGCAGAUUUAUUUCACAAUUAAUACAGCACAUUAUCAUACUUUGAAAAAUAUUUAGGUUAGACAUUAUCUAAAAGAUAGAUAUUUUUGAAACACUCUAGCAAUUAAUAUAUUACUCAUCUGAUAAUACAAUAUUGAACCUAACCCUUUAACUAUUCUUUUUAACCAGCUUUUACAUAGUUAUGUAGAAAUAAAUGUUUUCUAAAGAAAUAUAUAUAGAAUAAGAUGAAAUAGACUUAGUAUUUAAACUCUCAUUUUAUUUCUUCAUUCUUAUUUCAAGGAAAGAAUACAACCAAAGAAAACAUUUAAUUUUUCUCUGUUUAUUAAAAAAGCCAAGAAAGUUAAAAUUCAUGCAUAAACAAUUCAGGAACUGACGGUGUAACUGUUUUAAAUAUUGCCUUCUUACAAAAUGAAAGUGAGCUUUAGAUCUAGUCAUUCCCCCCUUUAUUUGUUUGCUUAAUUAAUGUGAUAGAUUGUUGUUCUGUGAUUUUAUAUUUGUGAUUAAUGAAAAAAUGGCAGACGUGUGAUAUAAGUUACAAAUUCUGUUGUGAAAAUGCAUUUGCCAAAAAAGAAAAAUGAUAUAUUCCAAUUAGAUUAUAAAAGCUCACAUGUAUUACUCUACCCACUGGUGGGUGCCAAAAUAGAAAAUGUUGUACCUCAAUUUAUUAAAGUGAUACCACGUUGCCCAUUUAGAAGUGACUAGCAUUUGAAUAUGCUCAAACUGUUUUUUUUUUGUUUUUUUUAAUGUGAGAAUGUUUUCCUCGCUGUCAUGUAUAGUGAGCAUAGAAUGAAUGUCCCCAGGUGUCAAGUAUUGUAACUACCUUAUGUCUGUCAAGUUAUAUAACCAGAUUAAUGUAGUUCAUUAUCUCUAUUGUUCUUGUCGAAAAAUAUCACCUAUUGUGUACCUUAGAAAUGUUAUGUCUAAUUUAUUCUAUAUGCAUACAUUACUCUUGUAUUUAUCUUUUUUUUGCGGCUGAAAGUUUGGAAAUCGCCAGGAAUUUCCUUCAGGUACUAUAGAAUUUGAACUGUAAGGAUAUGGAUUCCACUAUAUUCUUACACACUUUGUUAACAUAAUUACCUCACUGCCUGGGCAAACAUUUCUACAGCAUAGGACUAGGAGGGGGAUUCCAGACAACCUGACUUGGAUUGGGGGAUUAGAUAUAGUAGGACCAGUGAUUCUUUUCUGUCUUGGACUUCUGUAUCUUGGUCGAUUCCAUCCAAUCAUCCGUCCAUCUAGGGGGUCAAAGUUAAAUAGGUUGUCUUAAAGUCCAUCACUAUCAAACAAUCUUACAAUUUGAAUGUUAGCAAUAGUCUUAUACUGAAUUUUUAUCAAGAACAUUAUACUUUUAGACUGUGUCAGUGUGUUUUUUAAAAACCGGUUUACGUAUUAUUAUUUGUUUAUUUUUGUACUAGUAGUUCAACAAGGGUAUAUGGAGGAUGGAAAUUAAGAAUGGUGAGGAGUUCUAGGACCCCUACCAGUUCAGUAUUUGGGAGUGUAUUGCUAAGGUCAAAUUUCCAAGGUCAAAGAGAAUGGGAUUUCAUUUUCGAGAUCUGAAAAAAACGUGAUCCCUAUGAUAUCCAGGGAACAAUGAGAAACGUACUCUGAGGGUAUGGGUUAUGUAUGUGUAGCUAGUUGUUAUCAAUAUCAUCAUAUGUAAUGUUAUACUCCCUGUAGAUAAAUUGAUAUUUGCAUUUUAUUUAGAAUUAUUGCGUUUCAAUUAGAUAUUAAAAAAACAUUUCUAUGUUAUAAUGAGGCUUGACCGAUUUUCUUCAAAUUUACACCUCUAUCCUUCAGUGAAGAUGUGCAGAAUUUAACAAGAAAAUAACUCCUCAAGACACAGAUACAUAUAUCCAUAUUGUAAACUUUUUUCUAGUUAAGAAUUCUUAGUACAAGCAGCUGCAAUUAUUAUGUGUAUGGACAAUUAGUGAAGUGCCUCUACAAUAUUGAUUGCUUUCACUCUUAAUAGGGCAUUUAAUUACUGAAAUAAUUUAAUAUGAAAGGAUUACCUCUGUAUAUGUAAGUAAGCUUUUAAACUGAUACAUUGUCUUAAAUGUUUAUUCUCCCAGUUUGUAAACCACAGUUGACAUUGGCGGUAUGUCCUUCCGGGGUCAUCCUGUAUGUAUUUUGGCCAAUGAUUGGAGAAAAUCCUGCUCACUCUUACUGCUGGACAGCUGUACAAAAGUUUUGUUAUGAAAAAUGUGUAAUAAAUUAUAUGAAAUGUU